AUGGAGAGCCAAAAUAUAUUAUGCAGUAAUCAGCCACUAUUGUUAUCGCCAGAUGAAUGUGAAAUUAUCAUUUUCGAUGUAGAAACAACUGGCCUGUCCAAUACAGAUGAAAUAGUGCAGAUAUCAGCAAUCUCUUUACACGAAUCUAUCUUUAACAGUUAUAUUAUUCCAUCUGUAUCUAUGUCAAAAGGGGCAUCAAUUGUUACGGGAGUAUCUGUUAUUGAUGGCGAUCUAUUUCUAAAUGAGGAAAGACUUGAAGCAUCCUCAGCAGCAGAUGCUGUUAAUUUAUUUAUUCAAUACAUUAAAACAUUUGAGAAACAAGAGAUUUUGUUGGCGCAUAAUGGAAAUAGAUUCGAUACUCCCAGACUUUUGAAACUGGUGAAAGAAGUCGGAAAACUUGACGAAUUUUGUGAAUAUGUCACAGGGUUUGCCGAUUCCUUGCCAAUUUUCAGAAAAGUAUUGCUAGAGAGGACUGAAACUGCACUAAUUUACGAUGCAGUACAUUUGUUUGCAAUGGCCUUACACGUCUUAGAUACAUCACAGCAAAUAGAUGUCAAACCAUUAUCUUGUGAUUCAACAGAUACCUGGGAUCAUGGCUAUUCAUUGAUUAACUACAUGAAAAAUGUAGAAAUGACUGGAUUAACUGGCACAAUAAAAUUUGAUAAUCAAGGUUUUCGAUCGGACUUCACUUUAGAAAUUAUGGAAUUAAAUACAAAAAAUGGUUUGGAAGAAAUAGGUUCAUGGAACAGUUCUUUUGGAAUAAAUUUUACUAGAAGUUUUCGAGAAGUUUAUACACAAAUGAUUGACAGUUUACAGAAUAAAUCAUUUAUUGUUACUACAAUACUUAGUGCCCCAUAUUGCAUGUGGAAAGAGUCAAGCAAAAGAUUAGCAGGAAAUGCUCAGUUUGAAGGAUACAGCAUAGACUUAAUCCAUGAAAUAUCCAAAAUACUUGGAUUUAAUUAUACGAUUCAACUUGUACCAGAUGGCCUAUAUGGAUCUCUGAAUAGAGAAACUAGAGAGUGGGAUGGAAUGAUCAAAGAAUUGUUGGAUCAAAAGGCAGAUUUAGCAAUCGCAGAUCUUACAAUUACCUACGACCGUGAGCAAGCUGUAGAUUUUACUAUGCCUUUUAUGAACUUAGUCUUUCAACGAAAAGUACCAUCCAACGCAGCACUUCUGCUCAGGCAGAAAGUCCGCAAUGAGCCAUCAUCCAGACUUCAACCAGCCAAGGAGUAUCGCAGGCAGCCAACGACGUCACCAGGCAAGCGACAUCGCAGACAACCAACCACUCCAAGCAGCUAG